AUGUUAACCUCAAUUAUCAAAAUUUCCUCAAGAAGGACUUUUGCAAAAGAGCCUCUCGCUCGAUCUCUAUGGCAUGUGAGGCAACCAUUGAAUGGGAUGCAGCAAGUAUAUUUCAGCACUAGAACAUGCGGAGGUUAUAAAACUUCAAAUAACGACUUAGGGCCCCUCUAUUUUAGUUCCUCUCGAAGAAAUUUUUGCACAAAACCUACUAAAGAAGAGACCAAAGUUGAAUCGAAACCUGAAGAAGAGAAAUUCCUUCAGUUUGAUGACGAGUUAAAGAAGAAAGUUCAGAAUAUUUAAAAUCCCCAAAGCGAUCGUUGAAGAGAUAGAUGAAGACCUUGAGCUUGAGAAAACGGAGAGAGGUCAAAUUGUUAGAGAGAGGAGGAUCUUCUUGAAAGAAUAUGAUCACCAUAUGCACGAACAAAAAUGGGGUGCUUUUUACGGCAUUUCAGGCAUUUGUCUCUUUCUUCUCGGAACCUGGAGUCUUAUAGUCCCUUUAUAUAAGCUGAUAUGUGAAAGAUGGGGCUAUAGUGUAAAGACUCAGCAUACAGAUUACCAAGAGAUGCAAGAUAAAAAUGAUGUUUUUAGGAAGUAUAGAGUUCACUUUGAGGGUGUUAUUGAGGAUGAUCUCCCUUGGAACUUUGAGCCAGAGAUCAAAGUUGUUCAAGUUGGUGCAGGAGAGACUGCCCUCGCUUUUUAUAAAGCAUAUAACAAAUCAGAUAAGCCAAUUGUUGGUUUGUCAAUUUAUCAGGUUGAUCCGAGCGAAGCUUCGCUAUACUUUAACAAAGUCCAAUGCUUCUGCUUUGAGAAUCAACUUCUCCACCCGCAAGAAUAUGUAGAUUUGCCUGUGUUUUUCUACCUAGAUCCACUUAUCAACAGAGACCCGAACAUGAAGGAAGUAGUAGACUUGACCGUGAGCUAUCACUUCUUCCCGGCUGCAGACCAAACAGUUGCUGAGGUUGUUCAAAGAGAACUUGAGAAGCAUGAGAAAGACCAAGAAGAACUCAAGGUUAGAAGAAAGAAGUAUGGCGUUACUAAAGAAGAGAGGGAAGGCAAAUCAGAUGAUGCUUUCAGUGCUCUCCCUGGGCUGUCACCGAGGAGAAGAAGUGAAAGAGCCCUCAGACAGAUUAGAGCUAUUCAAAAAGAGCUUGGGGAAAAUCAAGAAAAUGAAGAUAAUCUUGAGGUUGUGGCUGUUGAGGAUGAUUCAGAGAUUGAUGGGGAGAUAUCAAUUCUUGAUCAGAAUAUCUUCAUGAACUCUGAAGAAGUAACACCAUCUGUUCAACCCUCAAGUUAGAUUAUAUCUAAUUUCAAUUUGCUAUCAUAUCA